UUCUGAAAACAUCAAAUAGUAGUAGUCUGUGGGUAUUACAAACAAAACCUAAGAAGUGCUUCUGGAAAUGGCCUCUUCUUUUCCAAUGGCACUGUGUGCCUUGGCAAUCUGUUUGCUAGCUACACAAGUAGCAGCUGACUACAAGCCUUACAUUUAUGCUUCUCCACCACCGCCACCUUAUUUAUACAUGUCCCCGCCGCCACCAUCACCUUACUAUUAUAAGUCACCGCCGCCGCCGUCUCCCCCACCUCCACCUCCUCCUUACUACUACAAAUCACCACCACCUCCAUCUCCAUCACCACCACCUCCAUACUACUACAAAUCCCCUCCUCCCCCUUCACCAUCUCCUCCACCUCCAUACUAUUAUAAGUCUCCUCCACCUCCGUCUCCCUCGCCGCCACCUCCUUAUUACUAUAAGUCACCACCUCCUCCAUCUCCAUCACCACCACCUCCAUACUACUACAAAUCCCCACCUCCCCCUUCACCAUCUCCUCCACCUCCAUACUAUUAUAAGUCUCCUCCACCUCCGUCUCCCUCACCGCCACCUCCUUAUUACUAUAAGUCACCACCUCCUCCAUCUCCAUCACCACCACCUCCAUACUACUACAAAUCCCCUCCUCCCACUUCACCAUCUCCUCCACCUCCAUACUAUUAUAAGUCUCCUCCACCUCCGUCUCCGUUGUUGCCGCCACCUUAUUACUAUAAGUCACCACCUCCUCCAUCUCCAUCAUCACCACCUCCAUACUAUUACAAAUCACCUCCUCCGCCUUCUCCAUCACCACCACCUCCGUAUGUCUACAAAUCCCCACCACCACCAUCUCCUUCACCUCCUCCUCCUUACGUGUAUAAAUCCCCACCACCACCAUUCCCAUCACCUCCGCCACCUUAUGUAUACAAGUCUCCACCACCUCCAUCACCAUCACCUCCCCCUCCAUACGUGUACAAAUCACCACCACCACCUUCACCUUCACCACCUCCACCGUACUACUACAAGUCCCCACCACCACCAUCUCCAUCACCCCCACCUCCUUACAUUUACAAGUCUCCACCACCACCAUCACCAUCUCCUCCACCUCCCUACUAUUACAAGUCCCCACCUCCACCAUCACCUUCACCUCCACCACCAUAUUACUACAAGUCUCCACCCCCACCAUCUCCGUCACCUCGUCCACCAUACUAUUACAAGUCUCCUCCACCUCCGUCUCCCUCGCCGCCACCUCCUUAUUACUAUAAGUCACCACCUCCUCCAUCUCCAUCACCACCACCUCCAUACUACUACAAAUCCCCUCCUCCCCCUUCACCAUCUCCUCCACCUCCAUACUAUUAUAAGUCUCCUCCACCUCCGUCUCCGUCGUUGCCGCCACCUUAUUACUAUAAGUCACCACCUCCUCCAUCUCUAUCAUCACCACCUCCAUACUAUUACAAAUCACCUCCUCCGCCUUCUCCAUCACCACCACCUCCGUACGUCUACAAAUCCCCACCACCACCAUCUCCUUCACCUCCUCCUCCUUACGUGUAUAAAUCCCCACCACCAUCAUUCCCAUCACCUCCGCCACCUUAUGUAUACAAGUCUCCACCACCUCCAUCACCAUCACCUCCCCCUCCAUACGUGUACAAAUCACCACCACCACCUUCACCUUCACCACCUCCACCGUACUACUACAGGUCCCCACCACCACCAUCUCCAUCACCUCCACCUCCUUACAUUUACAAGUCUCCACCACCACCAUCACCAUCUCCUCCACCUCCCUACUAUUACAAGUCCCCACCUCUACCGUCACCUUCACCUCCACCACCAUAUUACUACAAGUCUCCACCUCCACCAUCUCCGUCACCUCGUCCACCAUACUAUUACAAGUCUCCUCCACCUCCGUCCCCAUCACCACCACCUCCCUACUUCUACAAGUCACCACCUCCUCCAUCUUCGUCACCUCCACCACCAUACUAUUACAAGUCACCACCUCCUCCUUCUCCAUCACCCCCACCUCCAUAUUACUACAAAUCACCACCACCUCCUAUUGUUUACUAAACAAGUCACUACAAGUGAUCAACUCAUGUCAUAGGUUAAUGGAAAAUGUAAUUUCUAUAAGAAGGAAAAGGAUACUUUGUUGGGGUUCAUUGAGCUUAACCAUGACAUGCGUCUGGAGAAUAAAGAGGGCUCAAACAAUCCAUAUGCUUCAAAUUUUGCUUUUAUGAAAAUUUCAUGUUGCAAUCAUGUAUUUAGAUACACUUUAUGUUUUUUCUUAUAUGUUCAAUCAAUGUAUGUCUAGAUGUUGAUACAUUUGAGAUAAUAAAAACCAACUUUAUGCACAAAGAAGUAAAACCA